AGGAAGUAGCCAUCAGUCGCUUGUGGAGGCGCUGGGUGUCGCGCCUUGCUUUGCCGUUCUUCGAGCUUCUCAUCUUGUCGCUGCGUCCUUGUCUGUUUUUGUUUUCCUUUCUUUGUUGUGUCAACAAUGGCCUUAUUCCGUUCCUGCUUUCGACUCUUAGUCUUUGUUGGCGUUAUUGUCCUUGCCGUCCUGCUGCUGAGGCACUGGAUGGCCACCAAGCAAUACAUUUUCACCCACGACGACAUCGCCAAAUUGGCCAAACAGUACGCGGGACAGGACCACGAGCAGGCCUUCUCGAAACUGGUCGUCGAGCUCAGGAAGAGAUAUCCCGGCCACAUCCUGCCAGAUGAAGACCUGCAGUGGGUGUUUCUGAACGCUGGAGGCUUUAUGGGUGCCAUUUGUGUCCUCCACAGUUCCCUCACAGAAUAUGUGAUACUUUUUGGUACUGCGAUCGACACAUCAGGACACUCAGGUCGUUACUGGGCUGAUAUUUCCGACACCCUUGUCUCUGGUUCCUUCAGAAGGUGGAAGGAGGGAACCACAAAGAGUGAAAUUUUCUCUCCAGGUGACACUGUCAUGCACCAGAUGGGUGAGGCUGCAGGGGUCCAGUGGACCGCCGGGACAUGGAUGGUUGAGUAUGGCCGAGGUUUCAUCCCGUCCACACUGGGCAUAGCUCUGGCCGACACUCUGUUCUGCACCCAGGACUUUGUCACCUUGUUUCACACAUUUAAAGUCUAUGGCAAAUCCUUGCUGAUGGAGACGGGAACAAUGCUCGCUGAGGCCGGAGUGUUCUAAAAGUAAAGUUGGGACACUUACACACCUGCACCGGGACAGUGACAUCACAGGCUACUGAUGUGAUGUUUUGUCUUCGAUGUCCGGCAUGGGAGUACAUUCUUGCCAGAUGAUUGUUUUUACAGCAAAAGAAAAGAACAUCCUUUAUUAUGCCUGAGUUGAGAAUCCAGUAAACGGCAUCAACACUAAUACCGAUCCUGGACUUAAAAAAAAAAAAAAUGUAGCCACUCCUUUCUACAUUAAUCUUACACUAACAGGCUCCUUGCAAUCUUACACUAUGAGAGCGUUCCCCUUUAAAGCUGCUUUCACGGACAAUGAAGCCUUUCGGUGCUAACAAAACAAAUUGUCUAACGGCUGUGAUGUUAGGAAACGAGGCUCAAAAAUCUUCCAAGCACUUGCUGAAUGUGACAUUCUUCUGAGGGUAAUACAUGACCCGUUGUUAUCAAAGAAACCUCAUUUGGUGGUUGAAUAUCGUGAUUCCUGUUAACGUUUGAAUAUUGCAUAAGUACUGCUGGGAUGUUAUGUCUUGUUACUUUGUAUGAAGAUACUGUGCGCGUUGUGAUUUUUAUGUGAAUCCCUUCAUUGCUGUCUUUCUGGACUACCUUUUUGAACGAAUCGUUUUUGAAAACCUGCCACACGUCUAAUAUUCGUAUCCUAAACAUUUGUCGGUUCAAUCAAUUUCUACCAUAAUCUCUAAAUUUCAUGUUGACAUUUUUAACUGAAUACAUUCUCAAUAACUCGGAAGUUUUCACACUGUACAGUAUGUGGUUCUUGUAAGUCAUGAAGGAAUGAAAAAUAAUUCAACCUUAAUUGUUGAUGGGGACAUAUACAAAUUAUGAGAAUAAACAGGAUUGGAAAUGUA